AGUUGGUGGUCUGGAGACCGUUGUGUGGAACUCCUGAGCGCUUGCAGCUAUUUGUUGGGUAGGUCAGGUCUAUUAGCAUUGAGAUAUCUUCAAGGAUGGCUCUGACUAAUCCCAUGCCACUGGGGCCAUGGAAGGUCACAGUCUACGACCAAGAAAACUUCCAAGGCAAGCGCAUGGAGUUCACCUCAGCCUGUCAGAACAUCAUGGAGUGUGGCAUGGACAAUAUCCGCUCUCUGAAAGUGGAGUGUGGCGCCUGGGUGGGGUACGAACACUCCAGCUUCUGUGGGCAGCAGUUCAUCUUGGAACGAGGUGACUAUCCUCGCUGGGAGUCUUGGAGCGGCAGCAAUGCCUACCACAUUGAGAGGCUAAUGUCCUUCCGGCCAAUCUGCUCUGCUAACCACAAGGAGUCAAAGAUUACCGUCUUUGAGCGGGAGAACUUUAUUGGACACCAGUGGGAAAUAACCGAUGACUACCCCUCUCUCCAGGCCAUGGGCUGGCCCUCCAACGAGAUCGGAUCAAUGCAGGUGCAAAGUGGGGCCUGGGUUUGUUACCAGUACCCCGGUUACCGUGGUUACCAGUACAUCAUGGAGUGUGACCACCAUGGGGGCGAGUACAAACACUACAGGGAGUGGGGCUCCCACGCUCAGACCUUCCAGGUGCAGUCCCUCCGCCGGGUUCAGCAGUGAGGGCAGCUCGCCCAGCUCCCUUCCUCCCUCCCCUACCUCCUCCUCCUCUUCCUCCACCUCUUCCUCACCUCCACCCC